UUAUUCGUGAAAGGAGAAGAAAAGAAAGGGCUAAAUUAAAAUUGAAAGAAGCUGAAAUUAAUGAAAAGGUCAAUUCCUUAAUUGCAGCAGAAGCUACAGAUGAUGAUGAGAAACGAAAAGAACAAAAGCGCGCAGAAUUGCGUGCCCGUGCACGUUUAUCAAUGAAGUUACUUCAUCGUGCAACGUGGACUCCAGGUGAUGGUUUUAGUUUAAAUUUGCCUAAGGAUUUGUUUGGUGAAGAACAAUUGAGUGACGGUGAAGAGGAUAAUGUUUCAUCUGAAUCGAUAAAUCAUAAUAAACCUAAAUCUGGCACUGAGGUAAAAGCCGUGAUAGAAGAUGAACGACGGAUAGGGAAUGUGAGUGAUUCAAAUUUUAAUUCAGGAAUCAAAUGGGUUGAUC